CUUUUCCAUCUAAGUUCAUAUUCUUGGAUUAGGACUAGAAGAAACACAUCAGAACUCUGCCAUUAAUUCAAUCAUCAGAAUCUCUUCAGAUCUACGAAACACGAAAUACGAAGCCUCAACAUUUCUGGAAUUCUGCAUGUUCCUCGCAAUCACGCUCUUAGCAAUUGAGAAUUACUUCCUUGCUCAGCUACGACCAUGACUUCGUCACUGCGGAAAACACGCAGAACUCACCAAAAGUCUAGGGCUGGUUGUUUUGAAUGCAAGUAUCGCAAAGUGAAGUGCAAUGAAGCGAGGCCUGUAUGCUCGGGUUGCACUAAGUGGGAAGUCCGGUGCGAGUACCCAUGCGCUAGAAAGUCGGAGAGCAAGAUCAAGCACCAAAAGAACAUGGCGAUAUUGCGCCGCCAGCUAUCAGCGUCAAGUGAUAGAGAGCUCACAUAUGAAGGGAAUGGCUCUCCAACUUCCGGAAAUUCUCUCCUUCCGGUACCUGCAUAUGAACCGCAGCUAAACAAGCCCAUCGGUUAUUUCGAUGUGAACGACAUGCAUCUAUGGCAUCACUUCAUCAAGUCUACGGCGUCCACACUCUAUAACCCCUGGCUUACCGAGCUACCCCACGAAGCUCUCCAUUGUGACUACCUCAUGCACGGAAUCCUGGCAACCAGUGCAGUCCACCUCGCACACCUUCACUCGGACCAGAAAGAUAAAUACAACCUCUUGGCCUGCCAACAUCAAGAUCUCGCACUCGGACCCUUUCAAAAAGCUUUCGCUGAAAUGGACCCCGAGAAUUGCGUUAACCUAUUCGCUUUCUCCACCCUCCUACAUUUAUUCAGCUUCGUUUCCGAUUGGGCUCCAAAAUCCCCUCUUCCUGCUACAUAUCAACCUCCUUCCCUCCAAAGUUUGUCACAGUGGAUAUUCUGUAUUCGCGGUUGCUCUCUCAUCGUUUUCCAAGCUAGACCUGCUAUCGAAGCCAGCCCGUUCGGUCGCCUGAUCGACAAAGGCAAAGCCUUGCAGAGAUCUUUGGAAAUGGGUGCUCUUCUAUCGCCUGCAGACGACGAAUCUCUCACGAGAGUGAAAGACGUGGCUCUGGAUCUCCCAGAAACAAAACGUAUCACAACGGUCGAAGAAAUGGAAGCUUACGAAGAUGCAAUCUUCCGACUCCGCAAUCUCCUCGCUGGAACGAACGAAGCUGAUGAUCCCGUUAUGCGCAGAGCAGCGACAUAUAUCUGGCCCGUCUGGGUGUCAGAGACAUAUGUUCGAUUACUUGCAGAGAAGAAGCCGCCUGCUUUGAUUAUCUUGGCACACUAUUGUCUGCUAUUGAUGAAAGCGGCUGGGGUUUGGUUCCUAGAGGCAAGACUCACAGGGCUUUUUAAUUGUAUUCUGGAAGAGCUUGGAGAAGAAUGGUGGUCGUAUAUUGAACAUCCGAUGAAGAUGUUCAGGGAGAUGUAUGAAUCUGGUUAGGUUAGGUUUGGGUGGCAAAUUUCAGCAUCCGAAAUACGAGAUACGAUAAAUGUUUCCCAGUACCUCUCUCAUUCUUUAAAGGCCAAUGGAGUUUCAAGAAUCGUCAGGAUAUAUAGUAUGAUGGAAAUUCCAGUUCCGU